UCUCUUCGGCUUCCUAGCAAAAGAGAUGAAUCCAUGAAACGCCACGGGCAAUGAUGGACAUCGCUGUACUUCCCUUGCCAUUUUAACCCAUCUCCUUCGCAUGCGAUCUUCUCCCUAUGGAGACUGCUCCACUCUCCUUUCGUUUCCUCCGUUUCUCGCCUCCACUGUUUCCCCAGUUGCUCCAUCCAUUCCGUCGCUUCAAUCCCUUGCUCCACAGAGAUCACUCCUCUUGCGCUCGAUGUCGUAAUCGGAAGGCCGUCUUCGUUGCCUGCUCGGUCUCCACUGCUCCCGCCCCGAUUCCCUCCAGCUAUGGCGGAUGGGACGACGCGGAGCUCCUCGACGAAUCCUACAGGUCGGGUACGCUCGAUUCGAUACGGAGCUUCUUGGCUUCUCUGGGAAUCACCGACGGGAAGCACGGGUUCCUCUUCUUGUUGGGGUUCCUCUCCGCCUUGGCGGUGUCUAGGGUAAGGGUUUCUUCCAUGGCUGUAUUGCCCCUUUCGGUUGUGGUCUUUGUUGUUGGAUUCUCGGCUGGAGUGGCUCGGGCAGGGGUUGCAAGUGGUUCAAUUUGGGAUCUUGACGACAAAUUGAACGAUUUGAGGGACUUUCUGAAGGAAUUGGAUGAUAAGAUGUCCGGUUUAAGAAGCGGAUUGGAGGAAGGCGUCAAGUCAAAUCGUUUGGAGAAGAGCAAACUAAAGAACUUCAUUGAGGUUGUCGAGCAUAUGAAAUUGAUAAUGGGGCAUGCCCAGGUGACGAUAGAGAGUUUCUCUUCAGGUAACAUUGUGGAUUCACAGAUGGACUCUGAACAGGGGGGAAAGAAAUCGAGUUAUAAGCUGAGCCGUAAAAGAAGAGAAUUGGGAACGAUUGUGUAUGAUCUCGUCCAGUUAUUUGGAAGCUUGUUUCAGGAGAACAUCACUGGAUUGAAACCAUUAAAGGGGAAGGAUGCAGUCAAUAAGGUAGAGUUCAGAGAGCAAGCAGAGUCCAUGAAGGAAGAUAGUGCAUUAUCUGUCCUGAAAGCAUCACCUGAGAUUAGCGAGAACGGUGUAAAUACAUCAUCUUACAAAAAGCUAGAUGGUUCCAAGGUUGAAAAAUCUGAACUGUCAUUAGGAGGAGUGGAAAGAGAUGCUUCAGAGAUGCUUAAGGUCAAAAUAACGGCAGGUCAAAAUAGUAGAUCAGGGAUCACCCCAAAGAAAUUCAAUCACUCUGGAGAUCAGAGAUAUGGAAACCGUGUCCCCUCACAUGAUGAAGUACUUAACAACCUAAAUACAAGUUUCCACUUCAUGACCAAGCAAGAACGUUACCAGAAAAUGGUUUUCCGGCAUAAAUAUCAAAACAUCAUGCAGAAUGAGAUGCAUAAUUCUGCAGAUGGUAAUGCCAACCAAAAGGAAAUACAAAGCAUGGACCUUUUUAAUGAAUCUGCAGAAUCAUCACUAUUGGAACAAAUGCUUGAAGUACAUGAUCAAUCCUCUUUGCAUGCUCUUGAGCAAAAUAGCAACAAGAUAAAGAAUAAACUUGAAAAUGACAGUGAUUUUAUAGACCAAUCUGAUGAUAGUUGUAAUGAUUUGGAAGUGAAAUUUGAUGACCAAUCUGUUCGACAUCCAACUGAUGGUGUAAGAGAAGGCAAAACUAUGUUGUCAUCAUCAUCAUCAUCGAUGGUUUCAACUGAUGAAGAAUUUAAUCAAAAUGUCAAAGAGGCCUCAGAACUCCAAAGAAGAGCUAGGGUAUAUAUGAAGAGUCAAACUGAUGAAGCAGCUGCAGAUGCCUUACUAUACAGAUCAGCAAUAUUACUUUCGACAGCAGUUGCUUUGAAGCCAAUGAGCUUGCUGGCUAUAGGUCAGUUGGGGAACACUUAUCUUCUGCAUGGGGAGCUUAAGUUGAAGAUUAGUAGAGAAUUGAGAGUUCUCUUAUCCAAAAGUGAUGCCAUUUUAAAGCAGAAAUUAUGUAGUUUACGGCUAAAGAAACUUGAUAUUCACAACAUGAGCCGAGAGAAUGUCGCUGCUGUCCUUAUUGAUGUUUGUGAAGAAUGCGAAGAACUUCUUGUUGAGGCUGGAAGAAAAUACAGAAUGGCAUUGACAAUUGAUCGGAGUGAUGUUCGAGCCCUUUAUAAUUGGGGUCUUGCCCUAUCCUAUCGUGCUCAGUUAAUUGCAGAUAUUGGACCGGAAGCAGCUGCUGAUGCUGACAAGGUCUACAUGGCUGCAAUUGAUAAGUUUGAUGCUAUCACAUCUAGAAGCAAUAUAUAUGCCCCAGAUGCCUUGUACAGAUGGGGCAUAGUGCUCCAGCAGCGAUCUAAUUUGCGACGAAAUAAUAAAGGAGAGAAGCUGAAACUUCUACAACAGGCAAAGAGCCUGUUCGAAGAUGUGCUCUUUGUGGAGUCAGAUAAUCGGCUCGCAAGAGAAGCUCUAUCUUCCUGCCUACUUGAACUUAAUCACCAUGGGCGGUGGUGAUCAUCUGUUUGAUUCUUGAUACAGUUCCAUCUGGUUCUUAGUUCGAGUGCAUGAAUUGAUUUUUGAGCUCCUCCAAAGAUAGUCGAAUGCCUCGAAGCCUUUGAUCAUUAUCCGAGGUUCUGCAGCCUGUACUGUGUGAAUGCUGGACCUAACAACAAGGAUAAGUUCUGUACCUGGUUAAGACUGGUGCUUUGUGGGCACCCUGUUGUUCCCCUACAUUUUUGGUCGGCAAACAAAUUUGGUUGUGUAACAAGCACCAAUUAAUAGGCGUCUUGUCAGUUCUUAAGUACCUCAUAGCUUUCUUCCAAAUCUUGUAACGUAUCUCACAUUUUACCUCAUGUACAUUGGAGAGGAAGUUAUAUUAUGGAACAAAUAAGCGAAGAAAUUAAUAGAAAGUUUCAGAUGUGGAAAUUGAUGACCUUUCUUCA